CUGUCUCUGAACUCCACUCAACUACUGAUGGAUUUGAAUGAAUCCUUUUGUUACAAACUAAUUUAGAUUAAUAUUUUCAGUAUGGGGCUGUGGAGAUUUGAAUUUCAUUGAAAUUAUGAACUGAUCUGAGCCGGCAAUUAUUAGUAGUAUUGUGUUGGUAUUUUUAUCACUGAUUUACGAACUGUUCGAGUUUAAUAAGAUAACUGAACAUAUCAGGAGAACUUGAUUACUUCUGAUGACCAGACAAUGAAACCAACUUUUUACUAAAUUACAAUUCAAACAUAUACUCAGCUUAAAAAAUUGCGAAGUGUAUUUACUUUUACGAUUGUUUGGUUACUCUUAAGGUAUAGGAAAUAGAAUUAUAUUUUUCGUAAUAUUUAAAUUCUAAAUGAAAUCUUUUUUUCGCAGCCUAAAAUAUCUUUGGAGAUGCUUUAACCAUCCUAUGGAUAAGCGUUCGGUUUAAUAAAAAAACAGUCUUUACAUUAGAAUGUACCUUUUGUAUAACAUAAAUCGGUAUUAGUGUAUAUUUUAAGAUAAACGUUCUUAUGCGUGAAGUCGACAUUAGCUAUCACGUUUCUAGUGUUUGUUUUUUUAUUUAAGUAGGUAGUGGCUUAAUAGUUGGAGAGAACUUUUGAGCUUAUAAAAUUUCUAUCAUUUGAAUAUUUUCACCAGAAUGGACUUUAUCAAAAUUGAAUCACGUGUAUUUAUUCUCAUUUAAAUUUCUUUAGUUUCUUUGUUGUUUUUUUAUACUGCAGAAUCAUGAAUAAAUCAUUAGGGGAAGGUAGCGAUAUAGACGAUUCGUCUCAUCUGAGAAAGCCAACUACGAUAGAUGAGAGUUGCUCUAGUUGUCGUGCAGUCAGCUCAAUUGUCCCUUUAACUCUAUCUGCUUAUAUAAUGUAUGUGUGUAAAGGUCAAGCCUCCAAGUAUUCUGGUGUAAAAAAAGUGUCAUAUUUGACUCUAUGCACUAGUAUGUCAUUGGGUUUACUGUACAUUGGAGGGAGUCAGUUGUUCUCUCGAUGAAAUGCAAAACUACUAAUGAAAGCCUUCUAGAGUUUUCUAUGAAUGAAUGUAUAUAACAUUUUGUCUUUUGUAAUGUUAUUUUACCUCAGAAAAGUAUUGUUUUCCAACAUUAAUUUUCAAAAUUAUCUACGUUACCUAACUUUUUUGAAUAAGUGUAUUUAUUAUUAUCAUGUGAGACUUUUAAUCAAUAUAAUUGUCAUAUAUGUAUGUGAAUAUUUGUCAAUAUUUGAACGAUUAGUGUUGUGGUCUAUGUCUAGACAGAAUGCACUUUAUGUACUAGUGGAGUAUGCAGAGUAAUGUAACUGAGGAGAGUUGAAACGGGGAAAAAUAGAAGAAAGUGUGUGCUGACGACCCACCGAGCGUACAAAAUGUAUUUACGUUUAAUAAAGAAAACCAUAGGCAACAAUCAUUAAUAACAUAAGACUCAGAUUAAGACAAUCUGGAAAUCGAAUUUUUAUUCAUUUAUUUAAACACA